GCUUAAAAUUCAGAAAUGAAUCUGUCUUUAUUCCAAACUGGACUCUGGUGUGCGAGCUCAGUUGUCGUCAAAGUUUUGUUUCUGCUGUAUCGUCGCCUUUUGUCUAGAAUAAUCGGAAAGGUUAAAAAUAGGCUAGAAAUGUGGAAACUUCAGGCAAUACUGGUGCAGCUGCUCCUGCUCGUCUGCGUGCUGCGACUAUACUUCCAGCCCGGCGAACUGGAGUACCCGAAGCCGCAAAAGACGCUGCCGGAGAUGGGCCUCCAGCCACCCGCCGCGCGUCUGGUCUUGUUCCUCGUCGAGGGUCUACGGGCAGAGACCUUCUUUGGGUCCAAUUUCCAGCAACUGCCCCAUCUCAAGGAGCUGUUAAGCCACCACGGUCUUGUGGGCGUGUCUCGCACCACUAUUCCCACGCUGACGCGAACCGGCAAGGUGGCACUGCUCGGCGGCUUCUAUGAUGUGCCUUCGUUGGUAACAGAUGAUGGUUACGAUACCAUCUACAAUCGCACCUGGUCGGCGCCCAACACUGUGGUUCUGGAUUUUUCGGGUCACCCGCGGAAGGUGUAUGAGAUGCUCGAAGCCAGCUUGAAGGAUGUGGAUACUUACAAUAGACUGAGGAUAGCCACUCGGUCGGUGAUCACUCUCCAGAUGAAGGGCCUGAUUGCGGAGAGCCCGCUGGAUGAGAGGUACCUGGUGAAGUUCCGAAAUGCUCAGUGGACCGUAAGGGAGGCCUAUCAUAUGAUUGAAAGGGUGUUUGCCGACCGAGCUACUGCGUAUCUGAUGACCUCCGCCCAUGGACUAACGGAUUUGGGAUCGCAUGGUGGAGCAUCACUCCAGGAACAAACUACUCCCUUUUACCUUUGGGGAGCUGGUGUCCAUCGCAAGGGCAACAAUUUCAGUAGCCUGGAGCUCCACAACGGCACCCACAUGCCGCUCCACAAGCUGGACCAGAUUGACUUGACGUCUUUGAUAUCGGCGCUGAUUGGAUUGCCACCACCGAUCAACAACUUGGGUGUCCUGCCCCAUAGCUACAUGAUGGUGACGCCGGAAUACACGAGGAAAGCCAUGGACCUGAAUGCUCUGCAACUGCUGGCCCUCGCCAAGGAGAAGAUCAGGAAGCACGAGCGUGGCAUCUUCUACAAAUGGCUGCCAAAGUCAAUGGAUUUGGAUCUGACCCGCAUUGCCUACUACCAGAACCAGAUGGACCGCCUGCUGGAGAUAGGAACGAGCGAGAAGGCCAAGGAGACGAGCGAACUGGCGGCCACACUGUCCCUGAAUGCCUUGAAGUACUACAGUACCUACCUACACAUUCCAGUUCAAGUGACUACCGCACUGGCCCUAUUGGGCUGGAUGUACUUUUUGAUGAUCAAGGUCUCGAAGGAUUCAAUGGAGUCCAAGGAGAAAAGCCGCGGAUUUGUGACCUGCGCCACGGUUACAAUUCUUUCAUUGGGACUCUUAGUCGGAGAACUGGUAUUCCUGCAAUGUUCCUGUCUGAUGACGAUCCUCUGCCUGCUGUUGCCCUUUGGCGUUUGGUGUCUGGCUCUGGCGGAGAUGCCGUGUGAGGGUCGGUCGUUGUUGGAACCGUUGACCCACAUGGGAUGGAUUUUUGUUCCGGCUGGAGGAAUCUUGGUCGCUCUCAACUGCCCCUGCUUGUUCGGCAUAAUCUUUGUCUGCUCGGUUUUGAUCUACAACCGACACGGCUGGAGUUACUUUUCGCCCAAGUUCCUGGCAUGGCUGGCUCUCCUCUGUUUGCUGUGUGGAUUCCUGUGGUCACAGCCCGCCAUGCAGAUCUUGAUGACCACCGAAUACCGCGUCCCGCUCCAAGCUGCCAGCAUGUUUAUGGUGGUUCUGCGACCAUUUGUUCUCAAGCAUCAGUUUCCGGGACAUGUCUGGCUCCUUAAUGUAGUCGCGCUGGUGGCGGGAGGCGUGGGUAUCUACUUCCACGAGAUUGGCAAGACGGUGCCGAUAUAUAUCCUAGCAGGAUCCUGGAUACACCUAAUCUACGCCAUUUUGUCGUCGGCGUAUUGCGUUAAUUCCGGACCACGGAAUCGCUGGGAAAUCAUAUGUUUCAAUCUGCUGACCGUUCAUGCCUUGCUGAGUGACUCCUACUCGUCACUCUUUGUCCAGGCACUGGUCACGGAAUACCAGAUGGGAGGUGAGGUGCACGAGGAGAGCAAGCAGCUGAACGAAGUGGAGCAGGCGGAUGAGGAAAUGCAGCCCGGGAAGGAAACCCCAAUGACGUCUUCAAUGCACUUACACAUGUCCUACCGGUUUGCUGUUUCCAUCCUGCUCUACUUCUACGUAUCACUUUUGGGAUCUGGACACUGGAUUGGCGGCUUCACCUAUCUGGGCAACACGGCUCGACUGUACCUUCCGGAGCCGUACUCUGUGCCGAUGGCACUGCUCGUGUUGAUCCACCUGCUGAUACCAGUCUUCGUGUUCCUCUCCAGCCUCCGGGCAAAGAGCUCCUUUGCCCGUCUGGGGACCAGAUCCAUCAUCACCUGUCUAGUGCUCAUCUGCAAUGCUGUUGUUUUGUUCUACGUUGUGUUUAUCGAUCACCGGUCGGACUGGCCUUUGGUUCAUCCCUCGGUGAUCAAUGUGCUUCUUGUCAUUUUGGCGAUACUUCUUAUUUUGUCCUGCCAAAGCCUGGUCGAUGUUUUGUUUCGGGGAUUCAGCCUGAAGCUGCCUGGUCCGAAACGAGUGGCCCAGGAAACCAGACUCCCCAAUCCCUCGCACCCACAAGGAGAGGUCUGAUCGACGAGCCAGGAUAUAUAAAAAAAAAUUAACUUAAAUGUAACUAAAUUAAUUGUACUUUAGCAUGUUAUUUACUUUAUAAAGAUUUUCACCGAUUUGUUUCUUUAA